GCACGGAGAGAUCAAAAUCAACAUGGCUGUGCUGAACCUCAGUCUGGGUGUUCCUCCUAAACAACCCGCGAGAUGGGUUGCCUCUCCCGUCUCAUCUCCUCCGAAUACGCUGGUCAUGCCCCGCGGUCCUCGCCUCCCUCGCGGCGCUUCCCCUCUCACGCUCACCGUUCGCUCCAGCUUUGAUGCCGCUACCGCUACUGUGGGCCAGGUCACCGAGGUCACCAAGGAUACCUUCUGGCCCAUUGUGCGUGCCGCCGGUGAUAAGACCGUCGUCCUCGACAUGUAUACUCAGUGGUGUGGUCCUUGCAAAGUUAUGGCCCCCAAAUUUCAAGAAUUAUCUGAGAAGUAUCUUGAUGUUGUCUUCUUGAAACUUGAUUGCAACCAAGAGAACAAGCCCUUGGCAAAAGAGCUUGGAAUUAGAGUGGUUCCGACCUUUAAAAUUCUCAAGGACAGCAAGGUUGUAAAAGAAGUCACUGGGGCUAAAUUUGAUGAUUUAGUCUUUGCCAUCGACAGUGUUAGAUCGAGCUGAAAUAUGUAUCUCUAAAAAUAUGAUAGUGAGUAUUCAUCGCAAUUGUAAGUUGAAGGGAAGCUUAAGAAACUUAUCCUGAUUCACAUGGAGUGAUACAGUCAGCAUUCAUGCAGUUUUAAGUUUUUAAGAAAACUCAUCCCAAUUUACAGGGAGUGGUGAUCAACACUGCCCAUUCUUCCCUAGUUAUGUCAUUGCAUACUUAUUUGGCUGUCGAGAACCGAAAUUUUUGGAGAAUUCACAUUUUGAUAUCA